AGGAGGCGCUGUCUCCGCAUUAUUUGAUUGGAACCAUGUCUCUGCGACCGAGGUUUUUGCACCUUUUGGGAAAACAAGCCGGGGCUUUUCCCAAACAGAAACGUUCGGUCCACUCCCUGGGUCUGAUCGGUGCUCCAUUCUCCUAUGGCCAGAAGCGGCGAGGAGUCGAAGGUGGGCCCCAAGCAAUCAGGGACGCCGGGUUGGCCGAUCGCUUAUCGUCUCUGGGUUGGAAACUGCAUGACUAUGGAGACUUGAAAUUCACCACUGUACCAAAUGAUACAUCAUAUAAGAAUGUUCACCACCCAAGGACAGUGGGUUUAGCAAACCAGACAUUAACAGCAGCAGUAAGUCGAGCAGUUGGGGAAGGUCACAUAAGUGUUAUGCUUGGAGGAGAUCACAGUUUAGGAAUUGGUUCUGUCCACGGGCAUGCCCAACAACGUCCAGAUUUGGGUGUCAUCUGGGUGGACGCACACUGUGAUCUAAACACGCCCCUUACAUCCCCUUCUGGUAAUCUGCACGGACAGCCAGUGUCAUUCCUUAUAAAAGAGCUGCACGACAAGAUCCCAUUACUUCCUGGAUUUUCUUGGGUCACUCCUUGUAUAUCUGCAAAGGACCUGGUUUACAUUGGAGUGCGGGACGUUGAUCCUGCUGAAAACUAUAUCCUGAAACAUCUUGGCAUCAAAUACUUCUCAAUGAAAGAAGUGGAUCAACUUGGAAUACAGAAAGUAAUGGAAAAAACAUUUGAUCAUCUCAUUGGAAAAAAAAGACCAUUGCACCUGAGCUUUGAUGUUGAUGCUAUUGAUCCAUCUUUAGCUCCCGCUACUGGGACUCCAGUGAUUGGAGGGCUAACUUACAGGGAAGGAAUGUAUAUCGCUGAAGAAAUCUACAACACUGGAAUGCUAUCUGCAAUGGAUCUAGUGGAAGUCAAUCCUAAACUUGCAAAUACAGAAGAAGAACUGAAUGCCACAGUAAAUAUUGCCGUGGAUAUUAUUUCUUUUUCUUUGGGACAAGCACGGGAAGGAUCGCAUGGCAAAUGUAGUGAAAUACCAACUCCCGAUUCUGCAGAUGAAACAAGUGAACAGACUGUACGGCUUUAGAACUGACAAAAGACAAGUUGGCUGUUACAACAACCCCAUCAUUCAGUACUCUGAGAGAAAGGACUUUGGGGCUGGGGGGAUCUUGUAAAAACGUUCCGCUCCUUGUUCUACAUACUUUCAUUUUGGGAUUCUCUAAUAGGGCAUUGUUCUCUGACCAUCGGCUGACAUCCCACUUCUCUACAAGGUAUUACGAACAACCUUCAGCUCUGAGCUUUCCAAACAUUCCAGUAUGAAUAGGAUUGGAGCCAAUACCCUAUUCAACUAUCUGGAGAGAGAUCUGGAUCACUCGAAGCAUCACCUCUGGCAGAAGAAGUAAAUCUGCUGGCAGAAAGGCUGUGUUCGUGUAUGUUAAAACUGUGAUUCGUACUUCUCCUUCCAAAAUGGUCGAGCAUACUUUUUAAAUGACUUGACCUCAACAGAAACGUGUUCAAGCCCCUUAGGACAUGUUACAUAUCAAAUGACUUUAUUAAAAGUUUGUGCACAUCACUACAAUGUAGUUAUUCGCAGUAGCAUUUAAAGAAUUGAAGUGCAAAUUUAAAAUUGCUUCACCUCAGACAAAAGUAAUUCCUGUAAUGAGAAGGGUCUUGUAGUUGAAGUCCUCUCAGCAGGUUGAAUACAUGAAGAAAAAUUAUUCAUCGGUAUAUGGAUUUUCAUGUACUUCAAUCAUCUUCAACUAUGAAUCCUAGGCACUGCAGCCAAUCUAUAUAUGCAUGACUUAAGUCAAUGGUUGUGGAAAAACUUGAGGUAUACAACAGUUCCAAGAAUUGCCACUUCCAGAAGAAUAAUAAUGCCCAGUAACAGCUUGUUUGUCAUAAUCCUGGAGAGAUAAAAACAUUAAUUUGAGAAAUGUUACGCCUAGGUCAAACACUGGCUUUUAUAGCAGGGAGAGAUCACUUUUAUAUGGCACUGAAGGGUUGGGGAAGAAAUUUUCAGAUUUGUUCCAAUGCACUGCUUCAGUAAGAAAGCAAUUUUUUUUCUCAUCUUAUAAAUUUUAGGUGAAUUUUUUUCCUCUGGGUGUUCAGCUACACAAAUGGAGCAACAAUUAAUUAAAAAUACCUGCUUUGUAAUCAAAUUGUGUGACAUUGGAUGCUUAUUCGCAUUCCCUAAAAAAAACAAGGGAGUAAAAGGUGCAAGUCCACAUCAGUAAGUAUCCUAAGGACCAGUUUGGACAUUUUUCGAAUUUAAAUAUCGAAACAGCUGGCGCUCAAGUUAUGCAGGGUACAAGUGCACUACUGCCUUUACAGUUCUAUGGAUGGAAAUGUACAGUACUGGCUGCAGAAAAUAAUUCCUGCUAAACUAUUUCAGAUGCAACUUAUUGAGAGCAGUGCCGAGGGGCUACUUCUUUGUUACCUUGGAAAAUAUGUGGUACUAACUUUGUUACAUCAGGCAAUUUUAGUUGCUCUUAACUCUUACCUUCUGGACAUGGCAUGAAGUAUUUUCCGACUUCGACUCAAAUUCUCACCCGUAUUAAUUAGCUUCAGAACAAAAAACAGAAUUAAUAUCUCCUUGUUUGAUGUGCAUAAAUAAUGUACAACUUUUGAUAUUUUCAGAUUGGAGCAUUUUAUAUUCUGGUAUUUCCAAAAUAAAUGUUGUAC